AUGGCUGUUGGAGAUGUCAUCGUUGGAGUGAUCGGUGUGAUGCAUAUAAUUCUGGAAGUUUUGGUUCUCAUCAGUUCAGGAAACGAAUUCACUCUUCUUUGCGGAGUCUUAAAUGGAAUCGUGUUGUUUAGUGCGUCAAUUUCCAUCUAUACCAUGGCCGUGUUGGCUUACGAUCGAUAUCUAAGCGUCGUUAAACCGAUGGAAAGGCGGACACGACUUACAAAAGGUAAACUCAAAUACAUUUUUGCAGUCAUAUGGGCUUUCUCAUUUACCAUUCUCGUUCCAUGUUUGUAUUUUAUCCAAAACUACGAGUUUAGAACAGAACAGACAGAACAACUUAUCUGUUGGAAUACGCUACCGCAGAGAGAAUUUCCUCUUGCCUACAGGAUAACUCUUUUCACGCUAAUGUAUUUCAUACCGAUGUUUAUAACUCUAUAUUUUUUUGGAAAAAUCUUCAUUCAUCUUUGGAUGCGUAAACACGACGAAAAAAGUCCUUCAACAAACCAAGUGCUUCUACAAUCGCGGAAGCGAGUUACAAAAAUCCUUGGCAGUGUUAUUCUGCUUUUCAAUAUAUGUUGGCUUCCAUGGUUUGUUUUCUGUUCCUUUGGGGUACUCGAGCAUUCUCAAGUACUGGAAUAA